AAGAUUAUUUCAGGAUUUGUUGUCAUGGCCUAAACCUUGGGGUAAGGUUGAGAUAAGCCUGUUCGUAUAAAAACGACCGCAAUUUUAAAAACAAAACAAAAAAAUGAGGUACAUUGCAGUGAUCGCGUUGAUUGUAUGUCAUGUGGCGGGCGAGAUAGUCGAUACGGGGCUCGGCUCUGUGCGCGGUUUCGAGCGCGAGUCCCGUGCCGGUGAGACUUACCACGGAUUCCUCGGUGUGCCGUAUGCCAAGCCGCCAGUCGGAAAGCUCCGAUUCGACGCUCCGGUCCCUCCGAAAAGAUGGUCAGGGGUCUUAGACGCUACCCGACAGCCUCCGCACUGCCUCCAGAAUCCGAUUUACCUCAGGGCGUACAGAAAUGAGACAACUGGAUCGGAGGAUUGCCUUUACCUCAACAUAUUCACUCCGAAGCUUAAAGGAAAGCUGCCAGUGAUGUUUUUUAUACAUGGUGGUAGCUUCAGGACUGGUUAUGCUGGUCCUUCUGAAAUGGCUGACUACCUCGUAGAUGAGAAAGUCGUACUUGUUGCACCACAAUACAGACUCGGAAUAUUAGGGUUUUUGAGUACGGAGGACAAAGUGAUACCAGGAAAUUUCGGCCUGAAGGACCAAGCGUUCGCUUUGAAAUGGGUCGUCAACAACAUACACUAUUUUGGAGGCGAUCCUAAGAAGAUAACCGUGUUCGGCUAUGGCGCAGGCGGUGUCAGCGCCAAUCUCAUGAUGGUCUCGCCCCUUACAAAUCGACUGAUCAAAGGUGCGAUAUCGGAGAGCGGCGUCGACAACCAUAUCUGGGGGACGGACAGUAAAAAGGGACGGGCGAAACGCAUGGCCGAGAAGACCGGUCGGGUCGUCGGAUGUCGUAAAACGGCCAGUAAGGAUCUACUCAAGUGCCUCCGCAACGCAGAUGGGAAGGAACUCGUACAAAGCGAACUGCAGAAUAUUUACUGGGACUAUGAGACUUCUGCCAUGUUCAGACCGGUGAUCGAAGGAAAAAGUAAAACGGCCUUCUUAACUGCAGACCCAGCAAAGUCUUCUACAAAGAAGCCCUGGGUCGUUGGUGUAACGACGGGGGAAGGCAAUUUCAAAAUUGCCUCGCUUGUGACGCAAAGCCGUUCGGUGACUGAAGAGUUUGAAGAGCACAUUGAUGAUUACAUCGCCAAGAUUCUCGGUGAGGAGGACGUGACAGACAAGACGUUGAAGAGUGUCAAGAAGAUCAAGAGGAAAUAUUUCAAAAACACAUCGACUGUUGACAGGCUACUUUCAAGCAUUAAAAACUUUUACGGGGAUGUGAAAUAUUACUGGCCAUUGCAAGAAGCCGUAAAGAGACACGGUGGUAAGGUAUAUCAGUACGUUUACGACUACAGGGCUGGGCAGUCCAUGUCAGACAUAUUUGGAGUCGAUUCCGAUCUAGGAGUGAACCACGCCGACGAGACGUUCAUCCUUUUCAACUGCACUUCAUCGGGCCAUUCGAGCCCGCGUGCCGGAGACAAAAAGGUCUCGAAAGACGUUGUCAAGAUGUGGGCGAAUUUCGCCAAGACACAGGUGCCGCGCAAGGAGAAACCAAAGUGGAUGCCGCUCGAGGCAGAUGAGUACCUGCGCAUCACUGAGAAGCCCCGUAUGGCCAAGGGCUACAGAAAAGGCGUACGUGAGUUCUGGUCGUCCCUACCGUUAUACAAAGGCGAUGAUUAAACCAGUCAAUGUAGAUUCUACAUACAUUUAAACUUUCACAAUAGAUCUAUUAACAAUUUAUUAUUAAAUUAAUGUAUAAAAAUUGAUUUUGUUUCAUUAUUAAUUUAUUUUU